CCUCAACACUGGAAUGCAAUCCGGUAAGUAAUUAUUGAGUACGUUGAGUCCAACUUCUUGCAUUUGCGAAGCUUCGAUUCACGAUGGAUGGAGACUCCGCCCGGGCCGAGUCCUUCCCGGCUCCGUCAAAGAAAACAGUUGGAACUGUUAAUGGUAUCUCAACUGAAGUCGAGUUGCUCAACUUCGCGGACAAGAUCAUGAUCACCGUCUCCCAAAGUGGACGUCUUGCCCAGUGGAUCCAGGUGCCACUCUCAGCGCCGUCGUCAGCCUCUGUGGACAUGGCCUUGCCUGGGGCUGGCCUGAAUGCGCUUCCCUCUGUCCAUCUUACGCCCAAGACACUCGUUGGGAUGGGUGGCGAAGAACGGGAGACACUCGGUCAUCUUUAUGCUAGCCAAAUUGCGAGUCAUCUGGCUCUCCGGAAUUCGGACGAGAAGAGAACAUUGCUUUUGGGGUUGGGUUUGGACAGUGUUGAGGGCGGUGGAGAGGCGUUCUAUGACCUGCUUGAGCUGGUGCUGCAAGUUCUCUGAGAUGUAUCAUGAGCUCGAGCGCUGGGCUGCUCAGAACCAGUCACAAUUGUGUGGUUUUCUAGAGUGCCCAUUCAGAUUAGUUCCUGCUAAAGCACAAAAUACUACCUCCAUUGGUCGUGCAAUUAAAGGUGUGUUGACUAAGUUUGAAGCAAGUGCCAUAGUUAGGUUCCUCGGGAC